GAAUCUGAGGGCGGCCGGGGUGACCCUGAACUCCAGAACGCAGCCAGCCCGUCUUCCCCCCGCCCGUGCUAUCUGCUUUGGGAGCCCCUGAGCUUGUGUGGCCUGCGGUAACCCUCGCUUCUGUCUCAGGGGCCUCGGGGGCCAGGAGCCUGGUCUGAGGGGCAGCAUUAGCCGAACAGAGGGUGGAGUCCAAGAUCUUGCCAGAAGCCUGGGUGAGGACCCCGAGAGAGGCUUAAAGGGGCUCCAGGACCCUGGAGGUGAAGGCCGUGGUCUGAGGCACGCAGCUCAGGUGACAGCAGGUGAAGCCCAGACACCACCGGCGUCAAGGCCCGUGGGACCCGUCGGUCCGCACGCCUGCCGGCUGCUCCGAGGCCACACGCGUCGUCAUGCCUCGACCUUCGAAGCGACGGCGCUACCUGCUUGAGGAAGAGCAGUCCCAGAGCCAGGCCCAAGGCCUGGGGGGUGUGCAGGCUCCCGAGGCCGAGGAGGAGGAAGCGUCCUCCUCCUCCACCUGCUCCUCCUCGUUCCCGUCCUCCUCCUCUUCCUCGUGCUACCCUCUCUUCUCUAGCACCCCGGAGGAGAUGAGUGCUCCUGGGACACCCAGUCCGUCCCAGAGCCCUCGUGGCGCCUGCCCCGCCACUGCCGCCGCGGCCUCUGCUCUGGAGAGCCCAGCCCAGGAGGUGAGCGCCGCCAGCCAAGGGGAGGAGGGUCCCAGCACCUCGGCGCAGGCCAUGCAGGCCGCUGCGGCCACUUCCAAGGAUGCGGUUGAUGAUGAGAAGGUGGCUGACCUGGUGCAGUUCCUGCUCCUCAAGUUUCGCACCCAGGAGCCGACCAGCCAGGCCGAGAUGCUGAGGGAAAUCCUCGGCGGCGACGAGGAGCACUUCCCUGACAUCUUCAGCCACGCCUGCGAGUGCAUGCAGCUGGUCUUUGGCCUUGACGUAAAGGAAGUGGACCCCCAAGACCACUCCUACGUCCUGGUCAACACCCUCGGCCUCAGCUAUGACGCGAUGCUGUGUGUUGGGCAGAACGUGCCCAAGACGGGCAUCCUGGUUCUUAUUUUGAGCAUAAUCUUCAUCAAAGGCAACAGUGCCCCUGAGGAGGAGAUCUGGGGAGCCCUGGAGGUGAUGGGGGUGUUUGCCGGGGUGGAGCACUUCAUCUUUGGGGAACCCAGGGAGCUCCUCACCGAAGUGUGGGUGCAGGAGCAGUACCUGGAGUACCGGCAGGUGCCCGGCAGUGAUCCCGCCCGCUACGAGUUCCUGUGGGGCCCCAGGGCUCACACGGAGACCACCAAGAUGAAAGUCUUGGAGUUUUUAGCCAGAGUCGAUGGGAGUGACCCCAUAUCCUUCCCACUGUGGUAUGAGGAGGCUUUGAGAGAUCAGGUAGUGCAAGCUCAGACCAGCAUCACCAGCUCCCCAGAUGACCCCGCUGGCAUGGCUGGCGUGAGUUCCAGUGCUAGGGCAAGUUCCAGUGCCAGUGCCAUUUCCAGUGCCGGGACCAGUUCUAGUGUCGGGGCAAGUCCCAGUGCCAGUCCCAGUGCCAGCGCCAGUCCCAGUGCCAGGGUGAGUUCCAGUGCCGGGGCCAGUUCCAGUGUUGGCGUUAGUUCCAGUGCUGGGGCCAUUGCCAGUGCCCGGGCCAGUCCCGGCACCAGUCCCAGUGCCGGCGUCAGUUCCAGUGCCGGGGUCAGUCUCAGUGCCGGGGCCAGUCCCAGUGCCGGUGCCAGUCCCAGUGUUGGGGCCAGUUCCAGUGCUAGGGUGAGUUCCAGUGCUGGCGCCAUAUCCAGUGCUGGCGCCAUAUCCAGUGCUGGGGCCAGUUCUAGUGUUGGCGUGAGUUCCAGUGCAGGAGCCAGUUCCAGUGUUGGCGUGAGUUCCAGUGCCGGGGCCAUUUCCAGUGCUGGGACCAGUCCCAGUGCCGGCGCCAGUUCCAGUGCUGGGGUGAGUUCCAGUGCUGGCGCCAUUUCCAGUGCCGGGGCCAGUUCCAGUGUUGGCGUGAGUUCCAGUGCCGAGGCCAUUCCCAGUGCCAGGGCCAGUCCCAGUGCCAUGGCCAGUUCCAGUGCAAGGGCGAGUUCCAGCACUGGCACCAUAUCCAGUGCUGAGGCCAGCUCCAGUGUUGUGAGUUCCAGUGUCAGUUCCAGUGCUGGCACCAGUCCCAGUUUUGGCGUGAGUUCCAGUGCUGGCGCCAGUUCCAUUGCCAGGGCCAGUUCCAGUGCCGGGUCCAGUUCCAGUGCUGGCGCCAGUCCCAGUGCCGGGGCCAGUGGCUUCUGGCCCGAGUGAGUGGGGAGCAGGUCCUCCAUGGUGUGGCCCAACUCGGCCAGAGGGUCAGCGAGGCUGAGCCAUGGGGAAGCAUCUUGGGGUUCCUGUUCCAUAGGGGUGACUAAGAAAUUUAUCUUGAGGUUAUUUUGUUCUGUAUUUUAAAAUGUUACUUUAGCUAGAAAGCUGACUGGCUUCCGAACCUGCAUUUAUGAGUGACAUUGGUCACGCGUUUGUUGCUGCUAAUAGAGUUUCAGAGUUUCGCUGUUUUGUAAAACAAAUCGGGAAACCUUCCAUUUUAUCUGUAGUCUGUGACAAAAUAACAAGGCCUUGGAAUAGUCAUUUCCUGGAGAUGUGGACGAUUUAGCUGUCAUGGAUGGGGUCUAGAAAUAGAGGAAUAAAACAGAAGAGAGUUAGUUCUUGGUCUCUUUCCUUUAUGUUGUUCUGUAAAAGUAAAGAGCACAUGUGUCUGUGCUUUGCUCGGGUCAUUCAAGAGGGAGAGAUGAACGUGGUAAAGAAGCCCCUGCUUGUGGCCAGCCCUGCCCAUGCCAGCCCCGAGCCUCUGCUCCUUGGAAGCACUAGGAACGUGGAAGGUCCCAGGGCGACACAAGGACAGAAAAUGCACCCCACCCCACAGAGGGCAGGUGUGGGAGCCACAGACAUAGGCGCAAGAUGGUGAGACGUCCCCCAAGAGAUAGAGUCAGGGCCUCCCCUGGUGGCGCAGUGGUUGAGUGCUGGCCACCGGCGAGGGUCCCACAUGACGCGACAGACCUCUCCUGCCGUGCCCACUGCUCCCCUCAGCAGUGUAUUUCGUCAGUCUGCCUGUUCUGUUCCCUGCUCUGGCUCUGGUGAAUCCUUUCACCCUCCCGCUCUUCUGACUGUAC